CUGCAUUGGACACGUCCCACAGGAGCUGCAUCUGCUGUGUGUUUGACCAUUAUUAAGCGUGUCACUGUGUGUGUCAAAACCACAUCGCUCUGGUCUGUAUGUGUGGCUAAAAUACAUAUAAUCACAUGAGCUGUGCUGAAUAAGCAUCGUCAGAUUAGAUCAGAUGGUUCACCAGUUAAAGUUUGAUAAAAACAUCUUGUUUUAGUCUUCAUACCAGCAGUGGAGAUGUGUUCUCUCCUCCGGCCUCCAGCGUUGAGUCGUCUCAUAUGUGUACGGCUCAAAACCAUGGCUGCCUCGCAGUUCCCAGCAGCAAAGCGUAGUGGAGAGCUGAAUAACCCAUCACCGGCUGCGUAUCUGCGAUUCGAGGACCCUCAGGCGUUCAGAGUGAAGAGUCUGUGGGAGCUGAUCCGGGCCCUCGGUGUCUUCAGGCUCUGCUCGUUCCCUGUGCUGGUCAACAACUGCGGAAAGCUGAUGUCUUUCUCGAGGAGGGUUUUGGGAAAGCGUUGUUUCUGCAUGGUCCUCCGUCCGUCUGUUUACGCUCAGUUUGUGGCUGGAGAAACAGAAGGAGAGAUCGCAGACUCCAUGCAGAAGAUGAGCUCUCUAGGCCUCCAUCCAAUGCUGGCAGUUCCUAUCGAAGAGGACCUGGGGGAGAGCACCGGGGAAAAGCGAUAUGACGAUAACCUGUCGGCCAUGCUGGAGUGUGUCUUCAUGUCUCACAGUAAUGGAUGGAGUAACAAUCCCAUGAUGCAGCUGAAGAUCACAGCUUUAGUCAGCCCUGAACUGUGUGUUAAGCUGACCUCUCUGCUGAAAACAGAACUGUAUGAUCUGAACUUGCUUGUCAAAGCCAUGGAUGGAGAGGAAGUCUUGUUUCCCGGUCUAACUGAGAGUGAAAACACACACCUGCUAUUUGGCCUUCGGAGGCUCAACAAAAUCGGAGAGGCGAGUGUUAAUAAAGUGCGUGUUCUGGUGGAUGCAGAGUACACAUACAUGAAUCCCGCGCUGUCACUCAUCACGAUGGCCAUGAUGAAGAAAUUUAAUCAACAAAGUGCCUGGAUCUGGAACACCUACCAGUGCUACCUGAAGGAAUCGAGAAAUCUAUUACUUGAUGCCGUUCAGACAUCCAUCAAUCAGAGUUUUUGUUUCGGCGUUAAACUCGUCAGAGGAGCUUACAUGGACAAAGAAAGAAAACUAGCUGAAAAAGAAGGACGGACAGAUCCAAUCCACGAAUCAUGGGAGCAUACUAAUGACAGCUAUAACGGAUGUCUAGAGCUCAUGUUGAAGCUGAUUGCAGAGAAACCAGAGCGAUACAUGAUGAUUGUUGCCACUCACAAUGAAGAAUCAGUCAGACGGGCUGUGACGCAUAUGGCAGAGCUUGGACUUCACAGAGAUGGAAACUCAGUGUGUUUUGGUCAGCUGUUGGGCAUGUGUGACCAUGUCUCUCUAACUCUAGCUCAGCAUGGUUUCUCAGUGUAUAAGUCAGUGCCGUACGGAUCGGUGGACGACACGCUGCCGUAUCUGGUGCGACGAGCUCAGGAGAACCGCACCGUCCUCCAGGGGAUCCGGAAGGAGAGAGAUCUGCUCAGACAGGAGCUCCACCGCAGACUCAAAGAAAAGAUCAGCAGAUCCACAAAGAGAAACUGCGCUGGAAAUCAAACUAAGGGGCAAGUGGGAAAAGACUUUUAAUGCUUGAGCCUGAAUGAUCAUGUAUUUGUCGACAGAACAAUGGAGAAAUGUCCUGUAAGGUCACUGGAAGAUGGAAAACAGCGCCUGCUAGUGGACAUUCAUUGGGAGGAUGGGAUUAUCUCAAAUUAACUUUUUUAUGCACAGGUCAUCAAUGCACAUUAACAAGUUUGUCCUUGUAAGUUAUUAGUGCUGGGCAAAGAUUAAUCACAAAUCAUGUAAUUUCAAAAUAAAAGUUUAUUUUGACAUUAGAAAUGCUUGUGUAUUAUACAGUUGAAGUCAGAAUUAUUAGCCCCCUUGAAUUAUUAGCCCCUUGUUUAUUUUUUCCCCAAUUUCUGUUUAACGGAGAGCAGAUUUUUUUCAGCACAUUUCUAAACAUAAUAGUUUUAAUAACUCUUAUAACUGAUUUAUUUUAUCUUUGCCAUGAUGACCGUAAAUAAUAUUUGUCUAGAUAUUUUUCAAGACACUUCUAUACAGCUUAAUGUGACAUUUAAAGGCUUAACUAGGUUAACUAGGUUAACUGGGCAGGUUAGGGUAAUUAGGCAAGUUAUUGUAUAAUGAUGGUUUGUUUUGUAGCCUAUCAGGAAAAAAUAUAGCUUCAAGGGGCUAAUAAUUUUGACCUUAAAAUGGAUUUUAAAAAAUUUAAAACUGCUUUUAUUCUAGCCGAAAUAAAACAGAUAAGACUUUCUCCAGAAUAAAAAAUAUUAUCAGACAUACUGUGAAAAUUUCCUUGCUCUGUUAAACAUCAUUUGGAAAAUAUUUUAAAAA